CGUCGCAUAUCCUGUCUUCAUCGAAUCCGGGACCGAAUCAUCUUUCAAGUCAAUCAAGAGGCUUGACACUCAACGUAUUGGAACCUAUAGGGUAAUUACAAUACUCUGAAUAAGCAAACGCAAUGCCACGAAACUAUGUCGACAACGCUUCCAACCGUAGGCUUGGCCGUGUGGGCAUGGUUGUCGGGAGCAUGCCGGUGUCCAGAGGUUCUAGUGGGAGCAGUUUCGGUGGGUAUGGCUCGACCAAGACCUACGUAGACAACUCGUACAACCGUAGCCUUGGACGUGUAGGAAUGGAGCACGGAACUGCUGUUGUGUCGAGGUCGUCUGCUAGUGGAGUGUCUUCUGGCUACUCGGGGUCACCUAAGACGUAUGUGGAUAACUCGUACAACCGUAGCCUUGGACGUGUAGGAAUGGAGCACGGAACUGCUGUUGUGUCGAGGUCGUCUGCUAGUGGAGUGUCUUCUGGCUACUCAGGGUCACCUAAGACGUAUGUGGAUAACUCGUACAACCGUAGCCUUGGACGUGUAGGAAUGGAGCACGGAACUGCUGUUGUGUCGAGGUCGUCUGCUAGUGGAGUGUCUUCUGGCUACUCAGGGUCACCUAAGACGUAUGUGGAUAACUCGUACAACCGUAGCCUUGGACGUGUAGGAAUGGAGCACGGAACAGCUGUCGCAUCGAGAUCCUCUUCGGCAGCAUAUGGAAAUGGGGCAUCUCCCAAGACGUAUGUGGAUAACGCUUUAAAUCGAAGUUUGGGUCGAGUUGGUUUGCCGCAUGGAACAGCCGUUUUGUCUGAAUUUGGACCUUCUGGGUCUGGAUUGUCAUCAACCUAUGUUGAUAACGACUACAAUCGAAGGUUGGGACGAGUUGGUUUAGAGAAAGGAACAGCCGUAGUAUCUAAGAGUGCAUCCAGCUCCCGCGAUUUACAAUUCCGAGUCUAUAAAGACAACGACUUUAAUCGCAGGAUUGGGCGUGUUGGCUUACCAUUGGGUAGCAUGGUGGUUUCCCGCUCCUCAAAAUUGUCACAGUCAAGACUUGUCACACCUCGCCAGACAUCAAAAAGAUGGCAAGCUUCUCGGGACCUCCUGUAUCGCUUCUUAGCCAAUCCUGAUGAUGACAUGGACUUUGAUUAUGGUCCAUCUGAUCCAGAAACCCAAAAAGAGACAACUCAACAGGUGAUUGAUGUCAUUCACCGUAUGGAAGAGGUCCGCUUGUGGCAGGAAAAAUCCCACACAAACAGAAAGCCUUCGACAUCUCGUGCCCUCAUGCAGAGCUAUCAGGGCGAGAGAAUCAUCUUCAAGGAAUUGGAUCUGAAGAAAAAGAUCGGGCAUGGUGGCUUUGGCGAUGUCUACUUUGCUGAGUGGAAGGGAACUGUUGUUGCCGUCAAGAAACUGCGGGUCCAGAGGGUGUCGCAGAAAUGCCUAAAGGAAUUCCAUUCUGAAAUCCGUGUUUUCUGCAUGCUCGACCACCCGAACAUUGUUAAGUUCCUUGGCGCAUGUGUUGUUACACCCAAAGUUGCUAUUGUCAUGGAAUACAUGGAGAAGAGCCUGUUUCAGAAGAUCCACAUGGAGGAUGAUGACAUUUCCGAGGAGGGGAAACUGUCGAUCAUGAGCCAGGUCGUCAAUGGUCUGGAUUACCUGCACUUGAAUGGCAUUGCCCACUGUGAUGUCAAGUCUCAAAACGUCCUGUUGAAUUAUGAGGAGGCAACGGGUCAAUAUGUUGCAAAGAUCACUGAUUUUGGUCUGAGUAUAAUGAAGAGCGAUGCGGACGCGUCUACCACCAAGACAGGCCAGGUCCAGGGUGGGACUCCUCGAUAUUCUUCACCAGAAGUAUUAAGGGGAGAAAUCCUCAAUCGGAAGGCAAUGAUGAAGUCGGAUGUCUACUCUCUUGGUCUUGUUCUGUAUGAGAUCAUUUGUGCAGAGGAACCAUUCAGUGGCUACAAUCAAAUGCAGCUUGUACGUUUCGUGGGCAAUGGUCGUGUGAUUCCCGACUUUGGAGAUGACAUCAACCCCUCAGUCACCCAGGUGGUAGAGCAGUGCUGGAAACGUAAUCCGCUUCAGCGCCCAUCCACUUCCUACUUGCGAGAUAACAUGUGUAGUUUCCCCUACUUAUAUGAACUGUAAAUGAGCUAAAGAUGCCAGAAUCUAGCAAUCACAACAGGGGACCAGAAUGUCAAAAAUCACAGUAAGAGGUGACUAUUGACUAUUUCUUAUGAACUACAAGUGAGAGAUGCUCGAAUGCUGCUUGAUAAACUUGUCAAUUAAUAUUUACUUAAAAUCAUCAUUUAGUGCAAUACCCGGGUGGGUGCUUUUUUCAGUUUUGAUUUAGGUGCAGAAAUGAAUAGAGAAAGAUUAUUUCUUUCAGAGCAAUACCGGUCUAAGUCAAGGUAAAGUUCGAAUCGACAUUAUAUGCAUGAAGUUUUGCAAAAUCACUUAGUGUAAUGUAAUUUGUGUGCACUGUAAAAGCCUCCCAUAUCAUGCCUCCACUUUAACCAAUAUGCACCCACCCCCCUAUUGCACUAAAUGCACUAAGGUGCUCAAUUAUGUUAAUGAUCAUCAUGAUAAUUGUCAUAACAGCCCAAGCUGUUAUUUGUUACACAUUAUCAUCAGCUACAUAUAAUAGGUUUUUAAUUACUCCUGGCGCUGUAUGCAAUGUAUACAUUUAUAAGAAUUUUGUA